AUGGCGUCGAACAAGAUCAUCCUCACAAGCUCCAACGGUGAAUCCUUCGAGAUCGAUGAAGCGGUGGCAGUCGAGUCUCUGACGAUUAAACACAUGAUCGAAGAUGACUGCGCCGGUAACGGAAUUCCGCUUCCCAGUGUCAUCGGAGGCAUCCUUGCGAAGGUUAUUGAGUGUUGCAAAAAGCACGUUGAGACCGCCGCCGAGGCUAACGGAGCCGACAAAGAUUUCUUAGGUUCCACCGAAAACAAAGAACUUAAGGCUUGGGACGCCGACUUUGUCCAAGUCGAUCAGCCUAUACUCUUCGAUACGAUCCUGGUUGCUAACUAUCUGAACAACUCUGGACUUCUUGACCUUACAUGCAAGACUGUCGAUGAUAUGAUGAGAGAGAAAACUCCAGAGGAGAUGCGAGCUCACUUCAACAUCAAGAACGAUUACUCAGCUGAGGAAGAAGAAAAACCUUAUGCUUCGGAAAAUGUAUAG